UGACAACAGAAUAAUGGUCUAAAUGGACGUACAGUUAAUGGCUCUCUGGGAAGGGUAUCACAUAUAUUGGUUACUCUACUGCAUAACCAUUUCGGUGGUCCGGCAGUCAUCGGUGGUGAGGGCUGUCAACACGAAAUGCGAUUGUGUUGUCUUCGAGGAGACAUUUGGCAAAGAGUUUGGUGUCUUCACAUCACCCAAUUGGCCCGUACCAUAUGUAGACAAUAUAAACUGUUUGCUGUACUCGUUCUUAGCCGAAAGGGAUCAGAUCGUUGAGAUCACAUUCGACGAGUUCGAUGUCCAGAAGACUUCUCUCGACUGUGAAUACGGAGAUUUCAUCAAAUUAUUCCUACAUUUGGACGAACCGGGCGUUAAUGAGAAGACGAGUUGGAACUCAAUUCUGUGCGGAAAGAUAGCGGACAUCGAGCAAACCCACUACAGCUCCCAUUCAAACCUCGUGUUUGAGUUCCGCUCCGACUGGAGGAAUGGCAAUAACACCGGCUUUCGGGGCACCUAUAGGUUCCUUAACAAACAAAUGUUUCACACGGACGGAGAGCUGAUCCCUAAAAGCAAAUGUGAUUAUAAGUUUGAGAGCACCGCCACUAUUAAUGGCACGGCUCGGUCGAGGGGUCGCUUCUAUAGUCCACAGUAUCCAUCGACUUAUCCCAAGAAUAUUGAGUGCUCUUAUAUUUUCGUCGGACAGUCCAAUGAAAGAGUGAAACUCACGUUAGAGUCCAUCAGACUUCUUAAGACUGAUCUCAGUUGCAUAAACAGUCCUGAUUUGAUACUCAUUCACGACGGCAACGACACGAGUGCGCCAGUGAUCGGACAGUUGUGUAAUAUAAACAGUUAUGUGGAGUUAGUGUCGACCGGACCCGUACUAUACGUGCAAUUCCUGAGCCGAAGUCAUACACCGGGUCAGGGGUUUAAAGGGAAGUUCACUUUCGACACAAUCGGAAACAGUGCCAACACUGUUGUCGUCGACAUACCCUCCACUGGUAAGAGCGCAGCGCCUGUCGUCCAAUCCAUUACCGAUCCUAACGUCGCUCUCUGUUGUAUCGCAAUUGCAUUCAAUUAUUGA